CGUCAGACGUCAAAUUCGUAAAUGUCAAAAUUUGUAGUGUCAUGUCAUGUCUUCAUAAAAUUUCAAUUCUUUUCUGAAACUGCUGAAAAUUAAACCAAAUCUGUUACUGUUGAAGCUAUUUUGAAAAGAAUCCAAUUUAAGUUAUUUACUAUGUUGUGGUUCGAGGGAAGCGUCGCCGAGGCGGUGAAUUUAUCCAAACAAAGAAAUGCAAUAUUUGUUGUCUUCGUAGAAGGCGACAAUGACCUGUCAUCUGAGAUGGCCCGCACCCUCGAGGACGGAGACAUCACGCAGCGCCUGGUCGAGCAGACCAACUUCCUCACGAUCAAGCUGAAGAGUGGCUCCACGGACUAUGUGCAUUUUGCUCAGAUCUACCAGUUUGUCCCGGUGCCGUCUCUGUUCUUCAUUGGUCGCAACGGCACCCCCCUGGAGGUAGUCUGCGCUGGGAUCCAGGCAACCAGCCUCGCCACCCGGAUCGACCGUAUACUGGAGGAACACCACAAGCAGAGCCCGUCAGUGUCGUCAGCGGCGGUCGCGUCCGGUUCCAAGGACAACGUGAAGCAGACCACAGCUGAUUUGAUCAAGUCUGAGGCGAGCACUAGUGAAGCUUCAGCCUCGGUGCCGGCGCCAUCUACCGCCGCCGCCGCGCCAACACCGUCACCCUCCGGAGACCCUAAACCACAAUACGAAGUGGUAUGCGACGGAGACGUGUGUGUGCGCCGGCCCUUAGACCGCGACGAGGCCGGCCCGAGCCAGCCUGCCAACCCGCCACCAAACCUCACGCCAGUCUUACAGCCAUCAGCAGAAAGCAUAGCGCUAGUCAACCAACAAGAGCAAGCCAAAAUGGAGAGAGCAAAACUACUGAUCGAAGCUAGGAAGAGGGAGAAAGCCGAGCUGGAGAAACAGCAGGAGAUCCAGAAGGAGCUAGAACGCAGGCAGGUGGGGCAGGGCGUGGCCGAGCUGAAGAAGUGGCAGCAAGACCAGGAGAUGAAGCAGAUACAGGAAGAGCGCCGCCGAGAAAAGAAAGAGAACGACAUGGCCCGCCAGAGAGUGCUGGACCAGAUCGCACAAGACAGGGCGGAGCGGCGCGCGCGGGACCUGCCCCCCGCGCCCGCACCCGCCCCCGUGACGCCUGUCACACCUACAGCGCCCCUUGACUUAGGCAACAAGGCUCGCAUCCAGUUCAAGAUGCCCGAUGGGUCGUCGGCGGCCGCGCAGUUCGACGCGAGCGACACGCUGGCCACCGUGCGACGACAUGUCGCCGACAACUUGCAUCUAACAUCAUCCAGCUUCACCCUCUGGACUGCGUUCCCGCGUCUCGAGCUGCGCGACGACAGCGCCACCCUCACGCAACUGAAGCUAGCCCCGAGCGCCGCCUUGUUAGUGCUGCCAUCUAGCGCCGUGGCCAAGCCCAACACUAGCAGUCGGAUAGUCACCUUUCUGAAAGCAAAAUACAAGAACAUUUUCCCAUCGCCAUUCAAAAACCGUCGCCGAAUUACCCAAAUGGCCAUCGACAGAGCUUCCAAAGAACCAAACAGACCCUAUACCAACUGGAGAGAAGAUCUGUGGAGUAGAUAUAAUCGUUGUACAGUAUUUGAUAUAGAUUUGGACUCUAAUCAGCCAUCUUGGCACAGUUUUUUGAGGCAACAUGCAGCUAAAUCCAAUGAUUCGUUUACAACGAUUGCUGCUGAAACACUGAGGGGUGGGCAGAGUGAAGUCACAGAUAUCUAUGAGCAGGCUUUUGAGUAUUGUCGACUGGUUAAGUUGGCUAGGCAGAUGGAAAAAGGGGCCCGGAAAUGAAAUUUUUGGGAGGAAUGUUAACUGUUUUUGAUAGGUUUUGUGGUAUUGUGUGUAUGUUGUUGUUUUGUAAAUUGUUGUUUUUUUUGGAAAUGUUA